AUGGAUGGAAGUGAAGCUUUUUUAGUUAAUGUGGCGACUGGCAAAGAGAUCAGCCUGACUGAUUUAAAGCCAGGCGUAGAACUUGUUUUAGGAAGAGGCACAAUGUUAGAUAUAGAAGAUCCAAGGGUGUCUCGAUCACAUGCUUUGAUUCGUCUCACUGAAGCAUCAGUUGUAGAAAUAAAGCCGGUAGCAAAAAAUCCCAUGUAUUAUUUUGAAGCAACAGAUGAAAUUGAUCUAUUUAAAAGACGUAUAAUGACCAAAAAUGUGUUUACACCUAUUCGGCAUGGAGAUAGGAUAUCGUUUCUCUCGGAAGUUCUAAUAUUUGAACUGUAUCAUCCAUCUGAAGUAAGAACGGACGAAUCAUUUGACGGUAAAACGGCUGAUAACGACAACGAUUCUUCUGAAAAUGAUGGUGUCAUUGUACCGCUUGUUCCGGACAGUUUGAAUGACGACAAGAAGACAAGCGAUUGCUCGGAAAUAAGUCCAUGUAAGAUUGUAGGCGACUCUCAGCCUAAUGAAUUGCAGUCUGCGUCCAUCGCGGAAGCACCUGAAAUUCAAUCCCCGAGAAAAAGAAUGUCAAACGAAGGAAAUGAAGCUUCGAGCUCGAAGAAAAGAGAUUCGCACGAAGUAGAGAACUCAUUGCACGCUCAUAUUUCUAGAGCAAGCGUCACUUUCUCUCCUGAUGUGUUCACUUCAACACGGCUAUCUGCUGGCCCUGAUCUGAAUGAUACUCCGCCACAGAAUAGAAUAGAAAGAUUUGAUAUUGAUGAUGGAAGUAGAGCGAAUGACAUAAGUAUGCUGAUCAGAAAGAGCUUGCGGAAGAAAUGUGUUUAUGCUGGCUCCUGCUAUAGAAGCUGUAGAGAACACAAGAAACAGUACUGUCAUCCAGGAGAUUCUGAUUAUUUGGAGUCUGACGAGGAAGAUGCUACAACAGGCAGAGACGAGAGCUCAAGUAGUAUAAACAUUUCCAAACCCAAAUGUCCAUAUGGAAAAAAGUGUUACAGACGCAAUGCUGCACAUAGAGCCCACUACUGUCACGAAGAUUUAGAAAAUACAAGUAUCGCUAACAGUUCAGCCGCUGAUCAUUCCAAUAAUAAUGCAAGGCGUUCUCGACUCAAUGUGCGCAGUGAGCAGGAACUGGAUGACAUGAUAGAUCAAACAUAUGACUACGACGACAGUUUCAUAGACGACGGGAGUGAUCUGGAAGAAGAGUCUGAAGAUUAUUCGGAGGAGGAAGAGAGUAACGACUCAAACGGAGUCUCCAGUGCAGAAUCAGACCACUCCUCACGACCUUUAAACGAUGAAAAUAAAACUCAGGGCACCAAAAAGCCAGCGCGUAAUGCGGGCUUUCGACGUGUUAUGAUAGAAACAAGCGAAGACGAAGAUUCAUGA